AUGUCGACUAUUCGUAAGCAGGACAUGGCUGAUUCCUUGAGUGAGAUUUUGACAUCAGCCUCCGUCACAUACGGAGAAAGCAGGAGCGUUCCGUCGAUUACUCAGAGCAAGCAAAAAUGCUACUGCAACCAGAGCUAUGCAUGUCAGAUAGACUCGAGGGGAGACAAGCUAUUUGUCACGACGAACCAUGAUCUGCGCCUGAAAAUCAUGUGGCGGGAAUGUGACUCGGAAUCAUGGGCCGCUGUUCGACUGAAGGGUUGUCUUUGGCAUUUAGCAUGGCGAAACCGGAAGGAGACAGGCCGGUUGAUCUACCAUCGGCACAUGGUAGAUAUCUUGGAGAUAAUCGCGACGAAGCGGCAUAUCCAGGUCGAGUUGAACGAGCAAUUCGGACAGCCAAAUCGGCUGUCACGGUCACGAAUCUGGAUAGAGUCACGAGCCGCCAAAAGGGUUUUUGGCGGCAAUAAGGCCAUCGCCAUACCCAUCGCGAUCCUCAACCACCGUAAAUCCGAGAAACAACGUGCCUUGGAGUACCCUGAAUCCAAAAUAAUACAACGUUCAAUCACAGCUGACUUGAAUCAGAGUUUGAAAAGGUUGAUUAUCUUCAAUGCCAUUGCUAAUGGCGAAUCGCACAUACCCAUGAAUUAUGAUGCAGAGCAGAUCAAAGGAAGCCUCGGAUCUCCGCUACGAAUGUUCCAGGGAACAGAAGCUCAACAUGUCAGCGGGUGGAAUACUAUGUACGUCUUCGGGUGA